AUGGGCCCCAUGGGCAAUAUGGGAGGCCCCCAGGGGGGCCCCAUGGGGGGCCCCCAGGGCCCCAGACCCGGCAUGGGGGGCCCUCAAGGCAGCUUCCAGGGAGCUCCAGGGGGUACGAUGGGGGGCCCCCAAGGGGGCCCACCCAGAGGCCCCAUGGGGGGCCCCCAGGGGCCCCCGGGAGGCCCUCCUAGAGGCCCCAUGGGGGGCCCUAUGGGGGGCCCCCCUGGAGGCCCCAUGGGGGGCCCCCCCGGGGGCCCUAUGGGAGGUCCUCCGGGGGGCCCCAUGGGGGGCCCCCCUGGGGGCCCCAUGGGCAGGCCAAUGCAACCCCAGAUGGGGGGCCCAGGGGGCCCCCCAGGGAUGCAAAUGAGGCCUCCGGGGGGAGGCCCCAUGGGGGGCCCCCCCGGGGGCCCCAUGGGGGGCCCCCCUGGGGGCCCCAUGGGGGGCCCCCCUGGGGGCUCCAUGAUGCUGGGAGAAGGGGGAGGGGGCACUGGGGGGCCCCUCGACAUGAGGGGCCCCAUGCAGGGGGGCCCCCAAGGAGGGUACGGGGGCCCCUUUGGGGGUCCCGGCAUGCCCAUGAAGCCGCAGCAGCAGCAGCAGCAGCAGCAGCAGCAGCAGCAGCGGCAGCAGCAGCAGCAGCAGCAGCGAGCGUCUCCAGGAAGAUCUGCUGCUAGGCUUGCGCUGUACAGACAGCCGAGAAGGACACGGGACGGCCGUUUGUGGGGCGUGAGCGAGAACUUCGAAGUGGGGCGUCUGUACACCUCAGGCUUCAAGUCUUUGGGACUUUUGGGAAAUGAAUUUAUUUCCGAUUUGGCAUUUAGUCCAUUAAAUGGGACUUUGUGGGCCGUUAACCGCAUAGGGGAGCUGCUGCGUUGGGGAGGGUUUUCUUUGGAGACAAAAGAACAAAAAGGAUUUCACAAAUUAAAAACAAUUGAGUUUGACAGAAAAGGAAAUCUUUGGGCCCUCAAUGCUGCGAGCGAACUGGCGGUUUGGAGCGAAGAAGAAAAGGACUGGGACAUUAAGGAAAUCCCCGGCGCGCUGCGCCCCGUGGACUUCGCCUUCGACACCCGCAACCGCCUCUGGGUGCUGGGGGCCGAAGGCAAUUUGCUGCUGCUCUCGGGGUCUAAAUGGAUAAACUUUGGAUUUGUUGGAUGUUUAAAACUAAAAGAUAUUUCAUUUAAAGGAGCAGCAGCAGCAGCAGCAGCAGCAGCAGCAGCAGCAGCAGCGCAGCAGUCCCCCAAGGCAGCAGAAGAAGAAGCAGAAAGCGACGACUGA